AACCAAAACCAUUCCCAAUUUUUUCUUUUCAAAUUUCUCGCACCCUGAAAACAAAAAAGAAAAAGGCUUUGCUUCAUUUCUUCAUUUUCAAUUCUCAAUUACACUGCAAAAAAGUGCAAAAAUUCAAAAACAAACAACAUCACAGUGACUCUCUUUUGCUUCAUUAGCUUCCAAAGUUCUCAGAUCCACUCUGUAACUAACUACCCUUAACUCGAUCGAGUUACCGAGUCACGACUCAGCCAGAUGCAACCAACACUAUCAUAGAAUCUUCCUCACAAUGCAGGCCACAUCGCCAUCGUCGUCGUCCAGCGCCGCUGCUACUGCCGCCACGCCGGAGGCCAUACUCGAAUGGCUGCACAAGGAGAUGGGAUACCGCCCUCUCGCCGGCGUAACCGCCGGCAAGUCGCACCUUCCGUCGGUGGAAUCGCUCCGACGGAUUUGCCGCGGUAACAUGAUCCCGGUCUGGAACUUCCUGAUUACGCGUGCGAAGUCGGAGAAGACUGUGCAGAAUAUCCGCCGGAACAUCACCGUGCACGGCGGUGACGGCCGCGGAGGAGGUGGGAGGGAGGAGGGGAAGGGGAGAGGGAGGAGGAAGGAGAGGAUCUCCGGAGGGGAGGCGGAGACGAGGGAGGCGGCGUUACAGGAGCGGGAGGCAGCGGAGAAGGAGGUUGAGAGGCUGAGGAACGCCGUGAGGAGGCAGAGGAAAGAUUUGAGGGCGAGGAUGCUUGAGGUUUCGAGAGAAGAGACCGAGAGGAAGAGGAUGCUUGAUGAACGCUCCAAUUAUAGGCACAAGCAGGUGAUGUUGGAGGCUUAUGAUAGACAGUGUGAAGAAGCUGCAAAAAUAUUUACCGAAUAUCAUAAACGUCUCUGUCACUAUGUAAAUCAAGCAUUGGAUGCUCAACGAUCAGGUCUUGAUUCUUCUGUUGAAGCAACCAACAGUUUUAGUGCUAAACAUGAGAAGGAAGCUGUUUAUUCUACUGUUAAGAGUGGUAAAUCUGCAGACGAUGUCAUUCUCAUUGAAACCACUAGGGAAAAGAAUAUUAGAAAGGCUUGUGAAUGUCUUGUAGCUUACAUGGUUGAUAAAAUACGGAAUUCUUUUCCUGCUUAUGAAGGAAGUGGCAUUCAUUCAAAUCCUCAGGCAGAAACAGUAAAGUUGGGGUUUGAUUUUGAUGGACAAAUUCCAGAAGAGGUUAGAACUAUAAUUUUAAAUUGCCUUAAGAGUCCACCUCAGCUGCUUCAGGCAAUUACUGCUUACACUUAUCGGCUGAAAAGUCUAAUCUCCAGAGAAAUAGAGAAAAUUGAUGUUAAAGCUGAUGCAGAGACCUUGAGGUACAAAUAUGAAAAUAACAUAGUGAUGGAUGUUUCCACUUCUGAUGGGAGCUCUCCUCUACAGUAUCAACUUUAUGGCAAUGGAAAGAUUGGAGUUGAUGUGCCUCCAGGAGGAAGUCAAAAUCAGCUUCUUGAGAGACAGAAAGCUCAUGUUCAGCAAUUUUUGGCUACCGAAGAUGCAUUAAACAAGGCUGCUGAGGCAAAGGACUUGUCCGAGAAACUUAUGAGACGUCUGUAUGGUGGCACUGAUGUUCCAUCACGCUCAAUUGGUAUUGGAAGCACGUCUCAGAAUGUUGGAAGUCUUAGGCAACUUGAGCUUGAUGUUUGGGCCAAGGAAAGAGAAGUUGCUGGUUUAAAGGCAAGCCUAAAUACCCUGAUGUCUGAAAUACAACGCCUGAAUAAGUUGUGCGCUGAGAGGAAGGAAGCUGAAGAUUCUCUGAAAAAAAAGUGGAAAAAGAUCGAAGAGUUUGAUGCUCGAAGAUCAGAACUUGAGACCAUAUAUACAGCAUUACUUAACGCAAAUAAGGAUGCUGCAUUGUUUUGGGGUCAGCAACCAUUAACUGCUAGGGAGUAUGCUGCAAGCACUAUAAUUCCAGCAUGUGCUGUUGUUGUUGAGACUUCAAAUAGUGCAAAAGAUCUUAUUGAGAAGGAAGUGUCUACCUUUUGUCGGUGUCCUGAUAAUAGCCUCUACAUGCUUCCUUCUUCCCCACAGGCACUGCUAGAAGCCAUGGGGGCCAGUGGAUCAUCAGGGCAGGAAGCAGUUGCAAAUGCAGAAAUGAAUGCAGCGAUUUUAACAGCAAGAGCAGGUGCUCGGGAUCCAUCAGCGAUUCCAUCAAUAUGCCGUGUUUCAGCCGCCCUUCAGUAUCCAGCUGGUAUAAAUUGUAAGGACUUAUCAUGUGCUUUUGCAUAAAAGCUAUAUAUAUAUAUAUAUAUAUUAGCAUCUGUGUUGGAGUCCCUGGAGUUCUGUCUGAAACUUCGUGGCUCUGAAGCUUGUGUGUUGGAAGAUUUAUUAAAGGCUAUUAAUCUUGUUCACAUUAGAAGGGAUCUUGUUCAAAGUGGUCAUGCUUUGUUAAACCAUGCUUAUUGUGUUCAACAGGAAUAUGAAAGGACAACAAAUUAUUCUCUGAGUUUGGCUGCAGAACAAGACAAGACUGUUAUGGAGAAAUGGUUGCCUGAACUUAAGGCUGGUGUUUUGAAUGCUCAGCAGAGCUUGGAAGCUUGUAAAUAUGUCAGGGGUUUGCUUGAUGAAUGGUGGGAGCAACCGGCAUCGACGGUUGUUGACUGGGUGACAGUGGAUGGGCAAAAUGUAGCUGCAUGGCAUAACCACGUUAAGCAGCUUCUUGCAUUUUAUGAUAGAGGAGCAUCAUGAGUAACAUGAAUGAGCACCCUUAAGGCAUGAACUUUCUGAGGAUUCCCAUUUGUCUAAACACUUCCCACUUUGUUGUCACCAUUGAAGACUUAAUAUCCUCCAGCCUCAGCUUCGCAUGCCGUGACUGGGAAUACCUUUUCUGGUAAACUUACCUUGAGAUGGAAAUGGGACUUCUCUACGUUUCUUGAUUGACAAGAGACCACAGGCACAAGAACCUCACCCCUACUUCCCUUGCCCAUUUUAUAUCUAGAAGUGUGAUUUUGGCUGGUUUUGGAGUUUAGGUGGUGGUUUUGAUUGUUCUUUUCACUGAAUGUGAUUAACAGCUAGUGGCAAAUGGCAAUGCAAUGUUUUAUUUUAGAGGUUGUAAA